AUGCCUCCUAUACGACCAGCCCUCACACGCCCAACAAUCCACGACCUCUCGCACUUCCUCUUCUCCACCCCACAAUCGCGCUCCCGCUGUGUCGCCCGAUUCUCGACCCCCAAACCCAAACACCUACUCGCAACUAUACCCACAUCCCGCAAAUUCUCACCUCCCCCCAUCUCCCCACAAGCAUCCCCCAAACCGCGCACACACGACCGCGGCCCAGCCUCCACCGAAGACACGCAAACGGACUUCUCGUCGCUCGACGUCCUCGGCAAUACGCCCGUGCCUAGCACAAGCAUCGAUGCGUGCGCGUGGGAUGGCUUCCAUCUGAACAGCGGCGUGAAGGUGGUGGGUGGCAAGGGCGUGCUGCUUGUUAAUGGCGAGGCGUUUGGGUGGUGUCCUUGGGAGGCUGAGGGGGGUGUUGCGGGGGAGGGGGGAAAGGAGAAGAGGUUGGUCAAUGCGAAAGGGCAGUUUGAGGUGGGGGAGGCGGCUUGGGGGGUUUUGGGGUUGGUUUGGCCUAAGCCUGAUUUAUUGAUCUUGGGACUGGGGAAGGAUAUGAGGCCUAUUAGCCCGAAAACGAGACAGUAUAUUCAGAGCCUAGGGAUUAGGGUUGACAUACAGGAUACGAGAAAUGCGGCUGCGCAGUUUAAUCUGCUUGCUAUGGAACGGGGGGUUGGGAGUGUGGCUGCUGCGUUGAUACCAUUGGGGUUUAGGGAGGGUGUUGGUGUUCAAUGA